AUGGCUCACAGAUUCGUCGUUCCCGACUCGAGCCCGCCUAGUAGCCCGGCACCGUCGACACCAGAUAGGAACCCGUCGCGAUCAGGGUUUUCCUUCCUUGGCGAGAACCCUUCGACCACCCCAGCUGGACCGCCCCCAUCUUCCGCCGCCUCCUUCACUCCCGUUGGCGCGCCGACUGCCUCCUACAUGGGGAGCUCGAUCAUGCAUGGCAUGAGCGAGACUAGACCUUUGAGCUUUGGUUCACAGAUGGGUGGAGGCACUGCAAAGAAUCUUUUUGCCCCGAAGAGCACGUCCAACAACCCCCUUGGUCGCUCCAUCAGAGGCAGGGAUCGACAACCGUCCGGCUUGAGUCGCCAGUUUAGCGCUGCAGACGAGGAGGACGAAGAAGAGGACGACGACGCAGAAGGAGAGAUGGAGCUGCCUCCGCAUCGACACAGCCUUUUCCGAAUGAACGCUGCUCCUUCUCGCCCCCCUAAUGAAGUUGACGCCGAGAUCGAGCGAUUCAUUGACGAGGAUAUGGACGAGGACGAGGGCGAGGACGAGGACGCAGAAGGCGAGGAAUACGACGAGGAAUACGAACGAGAUGACUCAGAAGAACCCGACAUGUUCCUCAACAUGCGCCAUGAUGAUCGGCCUUAUGGACAGCCGAUGAUUGGCGAUGAGUCGGACCUGAUGAUGCUCAACACACCGGCCGCGACUGAUCGAGUCAGGAGGGAGGCAGAAGACAUUUUCAAGAGAUCCGCCGCUCACUUCGGUAUGUCCUCCAGGAAGCGAGGCUACCAGUUUGCGGCAAUCGCCAAGGACCUAUACAGCCAACAAGACCCAGCUAGGAUUGCUGAGCCUGCCAAUCUGAUCCUCAAGACGGAGGAACUUGUUUGCCGCCUUUACGAGGAAGGUGUUGGCACAGAGGACGAUGCGGAAAAGAUGGACAACUCCUUGGCAAACAUCACCUAUCGUCUUGUCCGCCUGUGGAAUGACCAUGUCGACGAGCUGCCCCAGCCAGAGGGUGAAGACUAUGCGACCAUCGGACCCGGACCAGAGACCGAGCCCUUUGAGAAGGCCGCCUACGUUGCUCACCUGAUUCUCCGAAUGCACCACACUCGUUUCGACAGCAACACCGAUGACGAAAAGACGCCCCCCCUACCCGAGAUCCUGUUUGACUGGAUGCAAACGAGCCACAACCUAUACCCCGACCAAGUACGAGAGAUCGGUCGAUACAAGCCAAGCCCUGCGUCUCAUAGCCUCUACUGGCAAACAGUCCGAUGCGCAUUGCUUCGAGGAGAUGUCAACGGCGCUUCGCAGCUGUUGCGGAAUGCUGGUUGGGAAAACGUCCGCCGAGGUCCUCACGGAGAGUUUGCCUACACUGGCAAAGCCCUUGAGAAUGUGAGACGGGUUACUGCUGCAAUUUGCGACGUCUUAGACCAGUGUCCUGCCAAGAGGUCAGAGUGGGACAUCUGGAACAGCAACUGGACCCUAUUCCGGAUUCAGGCCCGUGCCGCUCUGGAUAGACUGACACUUUUUGCCGAAGGCAAGGACCAAGGCAUGAGGGACUCCCUUGAUGACGAGUUUUCUCCCCAACUGCAAUCCAUGUCGACAAUGGCGAGGAAGGCGUCUAGCCAGAUCCCCUGGGAUAUCUACGAGAACUUGCAGACCAUUUAUGGUAUCAUUCUCGGAAGCCACGAGGCGAUUAUGGAGGUGGCCCAAGAUUGGUGCGAGGCAACAAUUGGCCUCUUCGGCUGGUGGGAUGAUGGAAAUCUGCGUCACAAGGCGCCCAAGCUGUCGCACUCGCAGAGCUUCCGAGCGUCAGCGUCGCGGCUGGCCAGCACGGAUGAUUACUUUGAACGACUGGCAACUGCUUUCCACCACGUUAUCGAUUCCGACAUGAACCCUAACGCAAUGAACCCUGUGGAGGUUGCAAUCGCUUCCGCCCUCGAGGGCAACGUCAACGCUGUUCUCGGAUUUCUCAGAGCAUGGUCCCUACCCGUGGCCUGCGCUGUGGCCGAGGUUGCAUCCUUGGGCGACUGGCUCCCUGCAACUGAGGCAGCGAACCCCCUACCCCUCGACACUCUGGACAUGGAUGAUCUCGCCCUGUUGGGUGUAACUCAACCUGGACCCGACGAAUUGGAAGGUAUCAAGGACACCACACUUGUCCUCUACGCCAGAGAACUCGCCGGCAUCGAACAACUGACCUCGGAGCGUGACGGAUGGGAAAUGGCCAUUCAAGUUCUUGGACGAAUGGAUUCGCCAGAGAAAUCAGAAGAGACUGUUGGGGAGCUUCUGCGGGAUCUCCUGGCAACCCUCGAUGAGCACUCGAGUCGCACCGUCGACAAGAUCUGGAGGAUACUGAACGAUCUCGGUAUGAUUAACUACGCUGAGGAGACAGCAGAGACUUUUGCCGAGAUUUUGUCCAAGGAGUCGCACCGAUAUGGAGAGGCACUGUGGUACUACGCUCUAUCUCAUCGACCCGACAGCGUACGGGCAGUGCUUAACCUCCUCAUGUCGUACUCACUGGUUCAAUCAAGUGCGUAUCCCGCAGAGAAGGAUCUCGAUGAAGAUUUGAAGGACUUGCUGCGGAAGCGAACCGAGACGCUGGAGAAGCGAGCCACGCAGGACUUGGAAGCGGCACAGCUCCUCGGCCGUAUGCUGAGUGGUUAUGCUACGUUGCGCAAGUUUUACGAGAUUCGUGAUUCUGAGCAGCUCGAAGACGUUUCCGCGACCAAGGCGCUCAAGCUCAAGAAGCAAGCGGCGAUUGCUUUGGUGGCAGUCAUCUCCAGCUCCGACGACAACAUUCGUGGUGGACUAUACGACGACACGCGGGAUGCGGUUGUCAGCGAGGACUUUCUGCUGGCACUACUCGGGGAGGCUACCGUCUUUAUCAACCAGUCACCUGCUGUGAUUACGCUGGAGCAGAUCGACAUUUUGCUCAAGGCUAUCGAGGACAUUGAGACUGUGGGCGAGCGUGUAUACCUGGCGUGCGCCGAUUUCUUCGAAGUGGUGCUGGGAUCAGCACAGGCACUCAAGGGCUCGACACCGUGGGACAUGAUGCAGAAGUCGACGAGCUCACUGAGCGGGAGCAGCUAUGUGAUGAGCGGUAGCUCGGUGUUGGUUAAUCAUCUUCACAAAAUGGCAUCUGGAAACAAGGUGCAGCGAGGAUGGGACUGGAGAAAGGGCUGGUUGGCGACGACCAAGGGACAGGAUGUGCUACGAAAGCUGCGGCUAGGACUGAACAAGGACCUCGCGAGGUUAUGGUUAGAGGAUGCGGAUGGAGUUGCCAUUGCCAUCCGAUCUGCUGCCGCCCUCGCCGCGACCAGAGACGCCCGCAGAGACUUCUCGACCGUCAAGUCGCUGCCGCCCACCUACGAGAAGCUGUACACCAAGUACACCGACGUGCGUCGCGUGCUCGGCAAGCAGCGCCUGACGCUGGCCGAGAAGAUCCUCUACAGCCAUCUCGACAACGUGGAGGAGUCGCUGCUCACCAACACCGCCAAUGGCCGUGAUAUCCGCGGCAAGGCGAACCUGCGCCUCAAGCCCGACCGUGUCAACAUGCAGGACGCCUCGGCCCAGAUGGCCAUUCUGCAAUUCAUGUCGUGCAAUCUCGCCAAGCCGGCCAUUCCCGCCAGCAUCCACUGCGACCACUUGAUUGUCGGUUCCAAGGGUGCCGAGGACGACCUGGCGGCUGGCAUCCAGACCAACAAGGAGGUAUUCGACUUCCUCGAGUCUGCGGCUCGCAAGUACGGCAUGGACUUUUGGCCCCCCGGUGCGGGCAUCAUCCACCAGACCGUCUUCGAGAACUACGCCCUGCCCGGUCUCAUGAUGCUGGGAACCGACUCCCACAGCCCCAACGCCGGCGGUCUCUGCACCGUUACCAUUGGCGUUGGUGGUGCCGAUGCCGUCGAGGCCCUCGUCGGAGCGCCCUGGGAGCUCAAGGCCCCCAAGAUUCUGGGUGUCAAGCUCAUUGGCAAGCUGAACAACUGGGUGUCUCCCAAAGACAUCAUCCUGCGCCUCGCUGGUGAGCUCACCGUCCGCGGCGGUACUGGCUCCAUCAUUGAGUACUUUGGCCCUGGCGUCGACACUCUCUCAGCUACUGGUAUGGGAACGGUGACAAACAUGGGUGCCGAGGUUGGUGCCACUACCUCCAUCUUCCCCUACACCAAGGCUUCGGCCAGAUAUCUCGAGUCAACCCGCCGAGCACACGCCAACGACAACAUCGCGGCGCUGGAGAACUUUGCCAGCAACAGCUCCGAUCCCGACGCCCAGUGGCGCUUCAGCGCCGACGAGGGUGCCGAGUACGACGAGCUCAUCACCAUCGACCUGUCAACCCUGGAGCCUCACAUCAACGGCCCCUUCACGCCUGACCUGGCCACUCCCCUUUCCAAGUUCAAGGACGUUGUCAAGGACCAGCAGUGGCCCGAGGUUCUCUCCGCCGGCCUCAUCGGCAGCUGCACCAACAGCUCCUACGAGGACAUGACCCGAGUCGAGAGCCUGCUCAAGGACGCUGCCGCCGCCGGCCUCAAGCCCGUUGCCGACUUCUACAUCACCCCCGGCAGCGAGCAGAUCCGCGCCACCCUUGAGCGCGACGGCACCCUGGAGACGUUUGAAGACGCCGGAGGCAUCGUGCUCUCCAAUGCCUGCGGCCCUUGCAUCGGCCAGUGGCAGCGACACGACGGCGUGACCAAGGGCACCAGCAACGCCAUUCUGACCUCUUACAACCGCAACUUCCGCGGCCGAAACGACGGCAACCCCGACACCAUGAACUUCCUCGCUUCGCCCGAGGUCGUCACCGCCAUGGCCUUUGCCGGCACGACCACCUUCAACCCCCUGACCGACACCAUCAAGACCCCUGAUGGCAAGGACUUCAAGUUCUCCCCUCCCCACGGUCUCGAGGGCCCCCCGACUCCCUUUGAGUCUGGCAGCCCGGUCCUCAACGUCCUGUCCCAGGCCCCCGACGCCAGCGCCGAGAUCGCCAUCUCUCCCACCUCGGAGCGUCUGGCCUUCCUCGAGCCCUUCCCUCCCUUCCCCGACUCCGACCUCUCGGGCCUGCGCGUCCUUGUUAAGGUCACCGGCAAGUGCACCACCGACACCAUCUCGGCCGCCGGCCCCUGGCUCAAGUACAAGGGCCAUCUGCCCAACAUCAGCACCAACACGCUCAACACGGCCAUCAACGGCGAGACGGGCGAGGUCAACGCCGCCUACGACCUCGACGGCUCCAAGCACACCAUCCCCGAGCUUGGCGAGGUGUGGAAGAAGCGUGGCCAAGAGUGGCUCGUCGUCGCCGAGCACAACUACGGCGAGGGCUCCGCCCGUGAGCACGCCGCUCUGCAGCCGCGCUACCUCGGCGCCCGCAUCGUCCUCACCAAGUCCUUUGCCCGCAUCCACGAAACCAACCUCAAGAAGCAGGGCGUCGUACCCCUGACCUUUGAGAACGAGGCCGACUACGACAAGAUCGGCGCCGGCGACGAGGUCGCCACCGUCGGCCUCCUCGAGAUGCUCCAGAACGGCGGCAAGGGCGAGGUCAACCUCCGCGUCACCAAGGCCUCGGGCGACGAGUUCCUCAUCCCCACCAAGCACGCCGUCACCAAGGACCAGGCCGGCUUCAUCCUCGCCGGCAGCGCCCUGAACCUGCUGUCCAAGGGCGUGUAA